AUGACCAUCUCAGCAACACCAAUAACUAUACCAGCUCCAUCAAGGAGGAUCGCCAAGCAGACCAACUGGAAACUAUUCAACGAAAAAGCUACAGCCAAACUUGAGGCCAAACACACGACAAACCUACAAACCAUAGACAACCAUCCGGUGAACAAAAUAGACGAAGAAAUCAGCACAUGGUCAACCCACAAGUUCCCCCACACCAAGCUACCCACAAGUUUCCCCACAUCCAGCAACCCACAAGUUCCCCCACAUCCAGCGACCCACAAGUUCCCCCACACUCAGCGACCCACUAGUUCUCCCACACCCAGCGACCCACACGCUCCCCCACAUCCAGCGAUCCACAAGUUCCCCAACAUCCAGCUACCCACAAGUUUCCCCACAUCCAACGACCCACAACUUCCCACACUCAACAACCAAAAGUUUCCCCACACACCUAGCAACCCACUAGUUCCCCCACAACCAAGCUGCCCCCAAAGUUCCCCACGUCAACGACCCACCUUCCACGCACUCAAUGACCAAAAGUUCCCCACACCUAGCAACCCACAAGUUUCCCCACGUCCAGCAGCCCACAAGUUCCCCGUCAGCAACCCUGGUUCCCCACGUCCAGCAACCCACAAGUUUCCCACACCCAGCACUAGUUCCCCCAUCCAGCAACCCACGUUUCCCCACACCCAACAACCCACAAGUUCCCCCACACCCCAGCAACCCACAAGUUCCCAUCCAGCAAGCCCACAAGUUUCCCCAUCCAGCAACCCACUAGUUCCCCACGUCCAGCCAGCCCACAAAUUUCCCCACGCCAGCAGCCCACUGGUUCCCACGUCAGCAGCCACAAUUCCCCACGCCCAGCGGCCACUAGUUCCCCACGUCCAACUGACCCACAAGUUCCCCACCCAGCAGCCACUGGUUCCCCAUCCAGCAACCCACGCGUUUCCCCCACCCAACAACCCACAAGUUUCCCCACCCAGCAACCUAAGUUUCCCCACCCAACAACCCACAAGUUCCCCCACACCCAGCAACCCACAAGUUCCCUCCAUAUAG